CAGAAAACAGGAGCGCAUGUGGUCCCACUUCACUGAAAAUAGAAGUGAAAACUCUACUCAACGCGUCUUUCAUUUAAAGUCAUUUACAGCUGUCGGCAAACAUAGAAGAAACGAUAUCUUUCUUUACAUCAAGCUGGCGAAGGAAAGUGAAGCUCACCGUUUAUAAUGUCACAGGCUACCAAACGCAAACAUGUUGUCAAGGAGGUUCUUGGAGACUUUGUCACGCCCACAGAGAACCAGCAGAUUGUGAAGGUUAUCGGUAGCCGUGGUAACAACCUCCAUGAGACUAUCACGGCUCAGGGUGAGACCUUCCUGGUGAGCAUGCCCACCAAGUUCCGAAAGAACAUCUGGAUCAAGAGAGGUGACUAUGUGAUUGUGGAUCCUAUUGAGGAAGGAGAGAAGGUGAAGGCCGAAAUUAGCUUCAUUCUCUACAAAGAUCACAUUCAGUACCUUCAAAAACAACAACUCUGGCCAGAAGGCUUCAAGGAGGAGCAGCAAGCUCAGGACACAACAAACAAACGGCAAGAUAAGGAGACGCAGGAGAAAGACGAGGCAGAGGACGUUAGCGAUUCAGAGGACGACGAGAGCGAUCUGUUUGUGAACACCAACCGCUGUAACUACCAGUACAGCGAGAGUGAGGAGGAAGAGGACAGCGAGGAUGAAGACGAGGACGAAGAGAAAAGGACAGAAAAUGGUUCAUAGUGGGAUUGUGAAGGCACGGACAAUCAAGAGAGAUAAAGAGUUGUGAAAAUCAUCUGACAGUUUGCUUCCCGAGCUGCUGUUACACUGACUGAUUUGAUGAUGUUCACAGUCGUUCACUGUGAUGUAAGAGCUUCCUCUGAAGUUCAUAUGUGACAGCCAGUUGGGGACAUUAAACAGCUGGGCUCAUUCUUUAAAGAGGAGGGGACAGUGUGUGAAUCCCAUGCUGGACUUGGACUUAAUAGAGCAAAAUAAGUAAUUUUUGUAAGAUUGAUUUCAAGAAAUCUGUAAUGUUGACUGAAAUUGAAUACGAAGUUAGUGAUUUUCAUGUCAAAUUUAAAUUCUGUUGGAAAAUUUCCCCCCAAUUUUCUACUACAAACUAAACAUGCAUUGACUUCCAGUGGAGCCAUAACAGUUAAACUUUAGAUCUCCCUUGCAUAUUCAUCACAGAGUAAAGUGCAUUUGCAGGGUAAUAUUGCUGUAAAAUGUAAUAUCUAUUCUUCCUCCUUUUUAUAAAACAAACUAAAUGUUUUAAAAUCAGAUAAGAUGCAUCACUUUAGAAUUGUUAUCACCACUGAUAAAAUACCCAUCUGUCAUAUUUGAUUGUAGUGUCUGGUAUUGAGAGAUUCCUACAGAAAUCCGGGGCGUGGCUAGAAUUAAUACAGCGUUCCAGUAUAACUCAGCUGGAACUUGCUGAGUUGGCACUACCUUUUCACACAAGCCUUGUAGUGCUGAUAGUAUUGAUUUAGCUUUUCAAAUGAAUGCUGCUGACAGCCUCAAUGAUUUCUUUUGUCAAAAUCGCUUGAAGCUCUUUUCAAAUUGCUCUAAUGCCUCAUCACUUAGUGACAUUCCUUACUCUGUUGCUGAUCUUGGUGUGUUAUGCACAUUUUUGAGCUGUGAAAACAUGACUUGGACAUUAAAUCUUUCUGUCUUCCAAGAAUGUAUAUGUGAA